AUGUCGACGAGGCUGGCCGCGGUGGUGCGGUGGUGCGGCGGCGCGCGGAGCGAGCGGCCGAGGCUGCGCCGGCGGCGCAGCGGCAGGACGGUGCAGCUCGGCGGGCGGCGCAGGAGCGGCGGCCGCGGGUGCAGGCUGGCCGUGUCGCGGCUGGUGCGGUGGCGGCUGGUGGCCGAGCUGCUGCGGCCCAUCAGGAAGGCGCUGAUGGACAUGGCGGCCGGGCGGCGGGGGCUGGUGGCGCUGCCGCUGGUCAGCUUCCCGUUCGUCGGCGCGCUCUCGCUCCCGGGCACCGUUGCCUGA